UUUCCACAGACAUUUAUUAUACAAUGGAGGUCAUAGUUGGUACAAACGGAACGAGUCGUCAUGAAAUAUUUGUAAAAGGUGACUCGAUGGCCAAAUGUAGUUCAGCAGGAACAUAUGACGUCAUAUUUCGCGAUAGUAAUGGCAGAGACACAGCGCAUGUGAACGUUACAUUCACCAUGAAAGAAUCAACACUGGUAACGUCGAUGAAUCAGAGACAGUUAAAGGGCAGCAGUAACUGUCUGGAGACGAUGUUUGACAUCACGUGCAACAUUCACAACGACUGCAACAACUACCACACUACCAUCUACAAAAAUAAAUUUGGAAACGUACAAAACCUAAAUAGUUAUCUAGAAUGUAAAAGGAAUUUUACUGACGAUGCCGGCUACAUGAUAGACUGUUCCGGCUCCUUGCCUGACAACUUGGUGGAAAGUUACUCAUUUCUGGCUUGUAAAAUGGAAGCGAAGCGCCCAGAUAACAGAGUGGUGAAAAAGGAACAAAGAUACACUUUGCCUAAUUGUGGUGUUGAAUCAAGAUGUCAUACUAGAGAGCCGGGAUAUGCGGUAUUCAACUGCUCAGAAAAAGCAGCAGACUAUCUCAAUCUUCAGAAAGCAGACUGUAGUUUUCCAAAGCAGUCCAACUGUUUAAAACCCGGACGGAAAGUGUUUAGUUUGAAUAAGGAUAGAUUUGACAAUCUGACAUGUUCCACGGAAAAUACUGUACCAGUUUGCCGACUUUCGUGGUGUAGCGACUAUCGUUUUAUCCGGAAAAACGAGAUACCCGGUGUGGUGAUCUGCUCCCCGAGUUUCAAUGAAUGGUACGUGUCACCAACAACUACAUCUACAACAGUUCGAACAAGUGAAGGCACGAGUCCGACAACAUAGAAUCUAAAAUGAAUCUCAAUUUUAACAGGAUUACUGCGCAGUUACAUUUAUUUAUAUAGAUUUUGUGACAGUGUAAUUUUAAAGAAGAAACAAAGCAAAAAAAAAAAAAAAACGACGACAGAGACUCCCAAAAAAUCUCCGAAAUUUCACUUUUAUCAACAUUUUUUGUCUUCUUUGUUUAGUAUAAUGGAGUAUUAAGUAUUAUUUUGAAUAACUCACCGUAUUAUGUAAUAUAUCAAACGAUAUCUUAGUUGGAAUUUAUUGGAAAAUUACAAGCAAUUGAUAUUCGGACUUUUACCAAAUCGUUUUCAUGAAGCAUUCCGUAAGAAUUCAAACUACAUGUUAUAUAACAUUAACCAAGUCAAAAUGAUUUUCGCCGUUCCUUGACAAAAAAAAGAAAAAAAAGAAUGUAUGCUAUUCUUAAGAUGUGUUUAUCGGUUGGAACAUUGGGCACUUAUGAAUUUAGAACUGUCUUCUGUGAUGGAUUGAUACAAGAGCCCUAUUUUGUUUAACUUUGCUCAGUGCACAUGUCAUAUUUUUAUUUUUUAUAUGUGCAUACAUGUAUAAUUUGAUUCCUUGACAAUUUAAUUAAGUCUGUUUUGACUGAUGUGCAUGUCUUGCAUCUUUUAAUUAUAUAAACUAUGUUUAUUUUAACAGAUAUAAAUACUACCCACCUACCUACAUCCUUAUUUAUUACUGUAAAUCUAUUUUUUUUAUUAUAUCUAAAUGCCUACCUGUUCACCUGCCUAACAACUUAAUGCCUUCUUGCUUAACUACCUACCUAUACUCGCCAACCUACUUGCUUGCUUUGUCUGUCUACCUCACAAUAUACCCGCUUAUUUAACUUCCUACUUUUCUGUCUACCUCGCUACAUACCUAUUUUUUUUGGCAUUUUUUCUUGCCUACUUUCCUACCUACCUACAAUGUACAUGCCUGCCUGUUUACUUGCUUAACUAUGUAAAUUUCUACCUGCCUGACUACCUAUAUGCUGUGCUUACACGUCUGUCUACCUCCCUACACACCUGUACACAUUCUUGCCCAAUAACCUGACUCACUACCGGCAUGCAUGUCUACCAACCUACCUUACUACCUUACCUUUUAUUUAAUACCAUUUUCAAUGAAUUGUUUUCUCUUAUAAAAUUAGUGACAAAUUUAGUGAUAAACUUAAACAUAUGAUUUAAGUUUUACAAGAAGUGUAGAAUAAUAAAAUAGAAUGUAUGCUUAAAUGUAUUAAUUUGUUAAUGUGCAAGAAAAGCUUACUAUAAAAACAUUUAUUAAUUAUUUUUAUUUUUGCUUGCUAUUACUUUUUUUCUGGAUGUGAUUUGUAAUAGAAAGAGCAUCAAAACACGAGGAUAUAUGAUUUGUACGAGGGGGCGUAGUCCCCGAGUAAAAAUCAUAUAUUGCCGAGUGUCUUGAUGUUCUUUCUCUUUUGUAUCAUAGUCAAACAUAAAAACACGUUCCCUGAUACCACAAUAUGAAACCCCACAAAAAGUAGCCAAUGAACGAGCAUCUGAAUAUGAUAUUUCCAUCGCUAUCCCUUUCUCCGUCGUCACAAUAUGUAAACCCGGGACAAAAAGAACCAAUCAAUGGGCAUGAUGCUCUAGAGUGCGGGUAACUAAUAGCUGCACUCCAGUUAACUCACUGUGCAUGUAUAUGUAUACGAUUUAUCUCUGUCACAUUUUCAACAGAAAGGUCCCCAAACUAUGAUACAAUUGUUUAUACAUAUAUGUAUUGAUAACAUAUCAUUUGAAAAAAAAAAUAAGUUUUAUUUAUUUUUUGUUUUUAUUUUAAUUCAUGCAUGUUUGAUUUUGUACCGCUCAAUUUUGUAUUUUUUUGUAAUAAUUUUAUUGAAACAUCUUUUAAUAAAGUUGACAUUUUU